ACCACGAAGCACAUGGAACCCACGGACUACACGAGGACAGAGGUCUGUUCUCCCUUUACCUCUCCCAUUUCUUCAACUAUGCUUCUCUCGGCUGGCAUGCCCUUUCCUCAUCUCACUCCACACACGAACAGGUUUAGCAAAUAAUAUGCACGCUGCUGGGACGGGCCCAAGCAUUUCCCUCCCUUGAUAGGGCGGAACUAAAAUGCAAGCCCCACAGUUGUCAGCAAAGGACUUCCCUGUUACCAUGGUAAAGCCGCUGCGCCUUUAUUGUGGUUGAGGAGUACUUGCAUCAACCUAAGAGAAAAUUAAUAAGAAGGAAGUCUGCAGGCUGAAACCCUUCAAAUUAGCCUGGACUCGCCUGCAUCUGGCUCGGAACAGAGUUAAUCUCAGGAGUGAGAAUAUAGCCCUCCGGUGGACGCAACUCGCGCCUGCGGCUAACAGAAUGUCUCCAGGGGAGGGGCUCUGCGUCCGUUCCGCCCAGGCCCUUCCGGCUCACGCGCCGUACGGAAGCGUGCUCAGCGCUGGGCCUGUGCUCCGUACGGAAGUGUGCUUUGGCGCACCGGAAGCCGACUCAACAGAGCUAUGGCGGGUUUGACUGUGAGAGACCCAGCGGUGGAUCGUUCUCUACGUUCUGUGUUCGUGGGGAACAUUCCUUAUGAAGCUACUGAAGAGCAGUUGAAGGACAUCUUUUCUGAGGUUGGACCUGUUGUUAGUUUCAGAUUGGUAUACGAUAGAGAGACAGGAAAGCCAAAGGGUUAUGGCUUCUGUGAAUACCAAGACCAAGAGACAGCACUUAGUGCCAUGCGGAACCUGAAUGGGCGCGAAUUCAGUGGGAGAGCACUUCGAGUGGACAAUGCUGCCAGUGAAAAGAACAAAGAAGAGCUGAAGAGCCUUGGCACUGGUGCCCCUGUCAUUGAGUCACCUUAUGGAGAGACCAUCAGUCCUGAGGAUGCCCCUGAGUCCAUUAGCAAAGCAGUUGCCAGCCUUCCACCAGAGCAGAUGUUUGAGCUGAUGAAACAAAUGAAGCUCUGUGUCCAGAAUAGUCCCCAGGAGGCACGGAACAUGUUACUUCAGAACCCUCAACUGGCUUAUGCUUUGCUGCAAGCACAGGUAGUGAUGAGAAUUGUGGAUCCGGAAAUUGCCCUGAAAAUUCUGCAUCGCCAGACAAAUAUCCCAACGCUGAUUGCAGGCAACCCUCAGCCAGUCCAUGGUGCUGGGCCUGGCUCAGGAUCCAAUGUGUCAAUGAACCAGCAGAAUCCUCAGGCCCCUCAGGCCCAGUCUUUGGGUGGAAUGCAUGUCAAUGGCGCACCUCCUCUGAUGCAAGCUUCUAUGCAGGGUGGAGUUCCAGCACCAGGGCAAAUGCCAGCUGCUGUCACAGGACCUGGCCCUGGUUCCUUAGCUCCUGGAGGAGGAAUGCAGGCUCAGGUUGGAAUGCCAGGAAGUGGACCAGUGUCCAUGGAACGGGGGCAAGUGCCGAUGCAAGACCCCAGAGCAGCUAUGCAGCGGGGAUCCUUGCCUGCGAAUGUCCCAACCCCUCGAGGCUUGUUAGGAGAUGCUCCGAAUGAUCCACGGGGAGGCACUUUACUUUCUGUAACUGGAGAGGUAGAGCCUAGAGGUUACUUGGGACCACCUCAUCAGGGUCCACCCAUGCACCAUGUCCCUGGCCAUGAGAGCCGAGGACCACCCCCACAUGAACUGAGGGGAGGGCCAUUACCCGAGCCCAGACCUCUAAUGGCAGAACCAAGAGGACCCAUGCUAGAUCAGAGGGGUCCACCCUUGGAUGGCAGAGGUGGAAGGGAUCCCCGAGGAAUAGAUGCACGAGGGAUGGAGGCCCGAGCCAUGGAGGCAAGAGGGUUAGAUGCCAGAGGAUUAGAGGCCCGUGCAAUGGAGGCCCGUGCGAUGGAAGCUCGUGCAAUGGAGGCCCGAGCGAUGGAGGCCCGUGCAAUGGAAGUCCGAGGGAUGGAGGCCAGAGGCAUGGAUACCAGAGGCCCAGUGCCUGGCCCCAGAGGACCUAUACCUAGUGGAAUGCAGGGUCCCAGUCCAAUUAACAUGGGGGCAGUUGUCCCCCAGGGAUCCAGACAGGUCCCAGUCAUGCAGGGAACAGGAAUGCAAGGAGCAAGUAUACAGGGUGGAAGCCAGCCUGGCGGCUUUAGUCCCGGGCAGAACCAAGUCACUCCACAGGAUCAUGAGAAGGCUGCUUUGAUUAUGCAGGUUCUACAACUGACUGCAGACCAGAUUGCCAUGUUGCCUCCUGAGCAAAGGCAGAGUAUCCUGAUUUUAAAGGAACAAAUACAGAAAUCCACUGGAGCACCUUGAUAGGUUUUCAAAAAUACCUGGCAAGAAAUCUGGAAAUUCUAUAAUUUUGUUGAAAUAUUGAAAAAAGAUGACCUGCAUCCUAACCCUUGAAUGACUCAAAUCAGUGCCAGGUGGAGGACUCCCAUCACCUUCUCUCAGAACAAAAUCACUUCAUUUUAUUGUCUUAGUUUGUAUAUUUUCUGUGACUUGAAAUAAACUUUGAACACAAUUUUAGUACACUGCAAA